UCUUCCGCUCUUCCCUUUUCUAAAAACAGUUUCUUUGCUUUCAAAGACUCCCCAAAAAAAAAAAAAUUUAAAAAAAUAAAAAUUACUACUAUAUUAAAACCUCUUUCCAAGUCUUCCUUUCAUUCUUUUUUUCUUAGAGGAGGACUAAAAUGGGUAGCUCAGGAGAAGAAGAAGAAGAACAGCUAAUUCAGAUGGUUAGAGACUUCAUUGAAUUAGGAGGAGGCUCAACCAAACCCACUUCACCUUCUUCUUCACAAUCCCCAAAAUUUCAUCAUAAAUCCACAUUUUCCACCUUACAGGAUAUUCUUACGAGGGUCACAGACGCUGAGACUGAGAUCCUUGAAAAAAUCUUAAUUUACCUGAAAGAUAUGGAAGUUGUAGAGCAAACCCACAAUUUGAAGAAGUUGAUUGUGAAGAGAUUAAGAAGAGAUGGUUUUGAAGCCUCUAUAUGUAGAACUUCCUGGGUUGCUACCUUUGGUCGUCCUUCAGUCUUUGAAUUUACAGGUGACUAUGAAUACAUAGAUGUUAUGAUGAAGGACAACAAUGGUGGCACUGGUACUAUUGAGAGAGUAAGGUUGAUAGUGGAUAUGGAUUUCAGGUCUCAGUUUGAGCUGGCAAGGCCUACAUCAACCUACUCAGAGCUCUCUACUUCUCUGCCUUCCAUUUUUGUUGGGUCUGAAGAGAAACUCAUGAAAAUCAUCCCUCUGCUCUGCUCAGCUGCUGAGCAAUCUCUACGAGAGAGUCGUCUUCAUAUUCCUCCAUGGAGGAAGGCAAGUUACAUGCAGUCCAAGUGGCUCUCUGAGAACUGCCAAAAAAUCUCAUUAUUUCCCGAGUAAUACUACACUUAUCACAUUUUUAUACUAUAUUUACCAUCUCAUUUAUCAGUACUAUAUUGGAGAUAAACAUAAGUAAUGGGACUCAUUACACCAAUGAUGUGCUUACAUAUGAGAUGGCACAUUGAAUGUAGUAUAAAAAGAUAGUAAGUAUAGUAUCAAGUGUGUUUAGUUUGAGUUUUUUUGAUUAAGUUUUUUGAAAAUUGAGUUUUUUGGUUUUCGUAUUUUUUUGUUUUUACUGAAUUUUUUUAAUAUUUUAAGCAAUUUUUUAUAUUUUUUUAGAUGUA